UAUCCACUCAAAAAAAAUUUAAAUCGAAGAAAAUUUGGACAUGGGGGCUGAUUCGUAAAUAAAUAAUUAUUCUGAUAUUUUCGACCGGACUCGACCAGUUCUGCCUCGGCUCCCACUCGUUCUGUUUCUCUAUCUGGGUUACCCUCCAGCUCGUUGUCGAUCUCUUUCCUUUCAUUUCCCCCGGGAAACCCUAACUUCUCCAAUCUAGGGUUUACCUCGCUCUAUCGUUUCCAUCUAACCAUGUUGGCGCUGUAAGGCUUGACGCUUGGUCGGGAGAGGUACAGGUUAGCGUUUCGCAUUCUCAAGUGCCUGUUAGAAAGAACAAUUAUGUAUCAUCGGGAUCGGGGAGGAGCCGGCAGCGUUUCAUCGAGAUCGGAGCUUGUAGGAGGACGCCUCGAUCGGAAGCGCAUAAAUGAUGCCCUUGACAAGCACCUAGAGAAAUCGUCUCCAUCAACUUCGAGGGCCUUGAGCAGCAAGGACAAAGAGAGGUUGUCCGUACCAUCUACUUCCGCUGGCAAGUCCCAGCUCGAUCAUCGCGAUUCUCGACCAGCUUCUCUAUCUAAGAACAAGUGCUCCGAUGAGGAAUCUGAAACAGAUAGUGAAGAGUCAGACGUAAGUGGUUCCGAGGGGGAUGACACAUCCUGGAUUUCAUGGUUCUGCAACCUUCGAGGAAAUGAAUUUUUCUGUGAAGUGGAUGAUGAAUACAUCCAGGAUGAUUUUAACCUGUGCGGAUUGAGCAGUCAAGUUCCGUAUUACGAUUAUGCACUUGAUCUUAUAUUGGACGUGGAAUCUUCUCAUGGUGAUAUGUUCACUGAAGAGCAGAAUGAGUUGGUGGAGUCAGCAGCGGAGAUGCUUUAUGGUUUAAUUCAUGUGCGUUAUAUACUCACUAGCAAGGGCAUGGCUGCAAUGCUGGAGAAGUACAAGAACUACGACUUCGGGAGAUGCCCUAGAGUUUACUGCUGUGGACAGCCCUGCCUUCCAGUUGGCCAAUCUGAUAUUCCUCGUUCGAGUACUGUUAAAAUUUACUGCCCGAAAUGUGAAGACAUAUAUUACCCUCGAUCAAAGUACCAAGGCAGUAAGUAUCCUCUGUUAUUAUUCGACAAUUGUUCUUUUGCUUUCUGUGCUGGGUAUCUUUGAUGGAAUUGGUUUGCUGGUUUUCACCAACACAUGCACAGACCUUGACGGAGCAUACUUUGGGACAACGUUUCCUCACCUAUUUUUGAUGUCGUAUGGGCACUUAAAACCACAGAAGGCAACACAGAGUUAUGUGCCAAGAGUUUUUGGGUUCAAGAUCCACAAAUCCUCCUGAUUUCAGAAAGGCCCUGAGGUGCUUGGGUCCUAUUGCAGCUAUUGCAGUGACCGAGAGUGAUUGAUUCUUCCCAGGAAGCUCCUCUGCCGAACAGAUUAGUAACAGGCGCAGUGUGGGGUGGGAACCUGAGAAUGGAUUGCUCAACGUAAAUCGGGUGUAGUAGUGUUAUUUGUUUAAUUCAACGUAUUAGCAUAUGUAAUAUUUUCUUGUUUGUAACCAUUUGCGUAAAUUGCACUAAAAUUACUAUUUUGUUUCACAUUUAACUGAAAUUAAUUCAAUAUUCCAAGUUUGGUAAAUUGCAGUUACCUUCCAUCAAAUUCAG